UCUGCGCAUGCGUUUCGCAGGGAUUUUUUUUCUUCUAUGUCCAUUUUAUUCGGUUGGUGAUGUUGCAAGAAGAUUUUUAUCGUGUUAGUGGGGUAAACAGAUUACAAAAUCCAGGUGGUGUGAAAGCCCUGAGCCACCAAGACUUUUAGACGGCAGAGUCUGUCUUUUCGCUUCCAGUAUCCGGUGAGAUGACAGGCUGUUCAUCGGCCAUUUUAAAACUGUACACCGGGCAGAGAGACCCUGACCCCGUUCCGCCUCUGCUAACCGCCCGUCGUGUGCAGAGAACACCACUGGGAUCCUUGUCUGACUGACCGUACCCUGAGCAUCGGUGCUUUCGGAAACAUUUAUCUGAGUUUCAGGGUUGUACAUAUAUGGCCAGGAGGAGACACAAGUACACACAGGUGUUUUGUGUAGAUUAACGUUAAUUUUUAAUUACUGGUUUAUUUUCAUUCUGCUUACCACACACAAAUCCACAAUGUACUGCGUGAAAUUACGGGUGUUGAGAAACUUAACGAAAUACCUGAGAUUCUCACACUGUGCAAGAAUGCGGCUAAGAGACGGUAAAAAUCCGGAGGCAUCAUUCAGAUCCGCCAAACUCGUGCACAGCGCGUCUGUACACCCGUGCUGCUCCGGGGCAGACAGGAGCUGGACGAAGCCCACUGGGCACGACACCGGCCUGAAGACCUUCAACAGUCUGACGAAAAGGAAGGAGCCGCUGGUCCUUGCGAAGGACGGAGUCGCUUCUUGGUACAGCUGUGGACCGACAGUCUAUGAUGAUGCUCACCUGGGCCACGCUUGCUCUUAUGUUCGUUUUGACAUCCUGCAGAGGAUUUUGUCCCGGAUUUUUGACAUAAAUGUAAUCCAUGUCAUGGUCAUAACCGACAUCGAUGAUAAAAUCAUUAAAAGGGCUCUAGAGGGUAAGGUUUCUCCAACUGUAUUGGCUAGAACGUAUGAAGAAGAGUUUAAGACUGACAUGUUGGCUUUAAAGGUGCAGCCGCCCACGGUUUAUAUGAGGGUCACAGAGAACAUACCUCAGAUUGUUGCAUUCAUACAGCAAAUCGUGAACAACGGCCAUGCUUAUCUCACCAGUGAAGGUCCAUCGGGAGUCGGUACGGGAAGCUUGUUGGUCUUGCAGAAGAUGCUUGUGAACCAGAGUGACAGGUGGCUCUGUUCACCAGGAGAUGGGGACAAGCGUGACACCAGGGACUUUGCCUUGUGGAAGUCCUCUAAGCCCCAGGAGCCGGCCUGGAACUCCCCCUGGGGGCAGGGUAGACCUGGCUGGCACAUUGAAUGUUCCACCAUUGCCAGCUCGGUGUUUGGAAGCCAUCUGGACAUCCACUCUGGGGGCAUCGACCUGGCAUUCCCACACCACGAAAAUGAGAUUGCCCAGUGUGAGGCCUACCACCAGUGUGGGCAGUGGGGCAACUACUUCUUGCAUUCUGGACAUCUACAUCUAAAAGGAAGCCCAGAGAAGAUGUCAAAGUCACUGAAAAACUACAUUACAAUAAAGGAUUUUCUGCAGUCCUACUCUGCCAGUGAAUUCCGCAUGUUUUGCCUGCUGAGCCGCUAUAGAUCAGCCAUCGACUACAGCGAUGCCAGCAUGGUGGAAGCCAGGAGCUUGCUGUCCUCCAUCUCGGCUUUCUACCAUGAUGCUGAGGCCUACAUCAAAGGGCAGCUCCUGAGCCAGGCUGUGGAUGAGGGGAUGUUGUGGCAGAGGUUAGCCGACACCAAGACUAGCAUCCAGACAGCCCUUGCAGAUGACUUUGACACCCCACAGGCCAUCGGUGCUGUGAUGAACCUUGUUUACCAAGGAAACGGUCAACUCCAGGUUGUCACCAAGACCGAUGGCUCACCCAGAAGCCCAGCUGUGUUUGGCGCGAUCAUCUCAUACAUUAAGGACUUCCUAGAUGUCGUGGGCAUAGAUCCAGUGGAAAGAAAGGUUGGCCUCACGGCAGAAUCUUCCGGAACCCUGGAGAACGUGGUGGAGCAGCUGGUCAGGUUCCGCAGCGAAGUGCGGCACUUCGCCCUGUCUACAGAGGACGACAAGUCCAGCGCCUCCCCAGCUGGGUUCCACCCUGGCCGAAAGAGGCCCAGACCAGACAGGGAGCCCUUGCUGAAGGCCUGUGACACCCUGCGGAAAGACUUGGCCCCUCUUGGGGUGUCCAUAAAGGACAGAGGCUCACAUUCCACCUGGGAGAUCACCAGGCCACAACUCAAUCGGACAGAGGAGCAGGAGGGAGAGCUGGCAGGGGGUGGAGCUAACAGUUUAGCACAGAAGUGAUUGGACACUGUAUAGCUUGCUAUACAUGAGGGAGCUCUCCACAUUGGGGAAUGUCCCUCCCUGGCUUUCAUGGCCCAUUCUUCUGUAGAUGCCUAUGUCAUCGCAUAGAAGGGAAUGCAAUUGGGAGACCUGUGUGGUAUGUAAAAUCAUGUUCUAAAUGGAACCAACAGCAGUGUGGACGUUUUAUAAAUAUGAGCUCCAAUUUUGAUCUUUCCAGAAGUCUGGUACAAGACUAACAGGCAGUUCCUGAAUUAUUUAAAUUGUUCACUGGUUGACGGGACUUUUACCAAUGCAAAAACUCAGCAGUAGCACAGAGAUAUUAAAGCAGUAAAUGUUUAAAUUCUGUUGUGAACAGGUUCAGGUUUUACUGUCAGUCAUCUUGGCAAAUGCUGAAUGUACCGUACAGCUUAAAAUGUUAAGUUGCUUUGUUUGAUCAAGUUCUGCUGCUGCUGCCUAUAUUUUAACAGUGACCUUUAAAAUAAACUUUCUGCUUCACCACGUU